UGAACUGUGACCUUUUUGGCUUCAUAGACGACAUCUAAAACUUAUUAGUUUAUGCUUCGGAUGGAGCUUUGAACUAUAAAGUGAGAGCCUCAGCUGUGAAGAACCUCCCUAAAUCACUUUUCGAGCAAGAAAUACUUCUUGCAUCCCAAACCCUAGUCAACCUCACACCACCGAUACUGGAGGUUAACCAGUUAUUGCUCGAAAAAAUGGCGCUCUACGUUGUCCCAGACCCCAUAACGACAGGAUUGGCUUUCUCGAAUGGCCACGAUAUAGCUCCAUACCGCCAAACCCACUUUCCAGCUAAGAAGUCGAUGGGAUCUAAGCCCACGAGGCCGGUACCGAUCUUGCAAGAAGCGGAAUUGUCUGCUAUCCGAGCAGAAAAACGGGUGCAAGCCUUCUGGCAGAGGGUGAGGUACCUUGGGCCUCGCCCACCUAUGCCAACCACACACCGUACUGUGUAUCUUACAACGGCAGAGGAGAACCCAACAUGGCUUCAGAACCGGCAAGCCAAUAUGAGAAACAGCCACUUACACCAGCUCCCUGACGAGUGCCUCCUACGGAUCCGUGACUACCUGGAUGGCCCCACAAGACAAGUUGCUAGACGCACGAGCAGCUUGUUCCUGAGACUCAUUGCGGACCUAGAUCUCGUCCAACACAUGAAUCAGAAGGAUACGAAGUCACCACACUUUACCCUACCACUACCAUGGAUGUUCAACAGGGGUCGACAGAUCUGGCCUCUUCAUGGUACCUGCAUGGAAAGGAUUAGCCAGAGCAAGCUCGUGACGCCAUUGUUAAGCCGUGACACUGGUCGACUUUGUAUUCCCUGUCGUGCAUGGAAGGAUACGGAACUCCUUGACUACAUGCUCAACUGGCUCAAAAAACCCACAUGGUGCUCGGGCUGCAAGAAGAACCACCCCCUUAUUUUCUUCUCAGCGGCCCAACGCGCUACUUCGAGCACAAAACGUAUAUGUAUCGGGCGCGAAGCAAGCAUCAAACUAUGCUCUCACGAAGCAUUGACAUGGGCCGAUCUCGAGAAAGCAUCGGCCAAAUUCGGAGGAUUAAAGGGCGACGAGAGAAUACGUAUAGAGAAAAAGUGCAUGCACCGUUCGCACAGGAGUACAAGAAAUAAAGCUGGUAGCUUGGAUCUACCCGAAAUCGCGAUUUCGAGUACGAGGAUCAUAAGUCUGCAUUGGAGAAGUCCGGCAUUCGAUUUAGACCCCACGGUUCCGGUGACAAAAGACCAGAUACGCAAUUAUCUCGCGUCGCGGAAAUCCAUAUUUGAGCAUGCGCUAUGCCCGCAUGUGAAGUUGGAUGAUGGACAAUUACUGCUACCAUUUGAGCAGAAUCAAUGCGCCUGUUUUGAUGGUCCACAAGCCGUCGGACAUGUUCCGGCUCACCUACACCGACAUAAAUCGUGGGAGAAAUGUUGUCGUUGUCGCGCUGCAAAUAAGCCGCAUCUUCAGGGACAAUUUCUGCCUCCGGAAACAGGAGCUGGGAACACGUUAUACUGGGGUGAUUCGCUUUGCCACACGUAUGAGUGCUCGGAAUGUCGGGCGGAGUAUUCGUGGUUUAGGGAUGACACGUGUCGCGUGUAUUUACGGGCGCAUAGACAUCCUUUCGGAAGAACUCCGACGAGUAAAACUUGGCUUACACAUCUUGAUCCCGAGUCUUGGGGAAUAACAGAGGAUGAAAAAUUGAAGCAUGUGGUUUGGUGUCCGGAUUCAAAAUGCGCAACGAGAUCGCGCUGGAGUCGAUUGUUGCGUUUGUUGCUUGCAAAUGCCGAUGCACUUUAGGGCUAUAUGUAUGAUAAAUUGGUAUGGGACUUAGAAUAUACCCUUCUAUAGGGCUUGUGAAUAUUGAAGAAGCUCUGGAGGACACUGCGGACGCUGUGGGCGUUAGGUCCAGAGGCGUAAGAUGCGCUAUACACAACAAAUACAGGCGAUCUUUCUCAAAAUUGAUAGCUUUAACAGGUACCUAGCUAGGUGCCUAGGCCCUUUCUAUUGCU